UACAGAUGAAGAUGUAAAGCUGCGAUAUAUGAUAUAUAAAUCAAGUGGAUAGUCUUGUGUGUUUACUUAAUAGUAGUUUGGUUGAUCGUUUUCAUAUAAAAAUCGAAUAACCUACAAAGCGACUUCAGAGAGAUAAUUUCAGCGCGCGCUGAAUAAACCAUCGUACACGCCUGCCGAAAACAAAGUAGCCUACUAACAAGAAUGGCGAAGGGAGUUUAUUUAGAGCAUUAUUUAGACAGCAUCGAGGGACUUCCCUGCGAGUUGCAGAGAAACUUCUCAUUAAUGGAGGAUUUAGAUAAUAGAACUGAAGAGAAAAAAACUGAGAUAAGUGAAUUAGCUUCUGAGUAUGUUGCAAAAGUUAGAAAUUUGGCAUCCGAGGAGCGUGCCCAGCAUUUAAAGAAGAUUGAGAAUGCCUACAGCAAAUGCAAAGAGUACAGCGAUGACAAAAUUCAGCUUGCAAUGCAGAUUUAUGAAAUGGUGGAUAAACACAUCCGGCGGUUGGAUGCUGAUCUUGCACGCUUUGAGAAUGAUCUGCAGGAGAAACUGGACAUGGGAAGCAUGGAUAGCUCAGAUGAGAAGCAGUUGCGAAAGGAUAAGAAUAUAAAAGACAAGAGGGGAUCACUUGGAAGAGACAAGAAAGGAUCAGAUCAAGACUCACCCAAGCAGAAAAAGCAGAAAAAUAGUGCCAACAUAAGUGAAUCUCUGCUCGCAAUGCACCCAUCAGAUGUCCUGGAUAUGCCAGUGGACCCUAAUGAACCCACAUACUGUUUGUGUAGUCAAGUAUCAUAUGGAGAAAUGAUUGGAUGUGACAAUUCUGAUUGUCCAGUAGAAUGGUUUCACUUUGCUUGUGUCGGCCUAACAACCAAACCAAAGGGAAAAUGGUACUGCCCACGAUGCACCCAAGAUAUGAGGAAAAAAUAGUCUACUUCUACAAUGCAUCCUGAAUCAAAUCUCCAGUUUUUACAACCUUUUCAAGUGGAAAUCAAUUAACCUUUUAUAAAAGUGCCUUUGCUAUGUAGACGAUCAUGAUUGUAACAACCGGGAAGAAUAUUAAAUGAAUUUUCCAGUUGGUGCCAGCAGAGGGCUUGGAUCUCUAUUCAUUUUGCUGUAGAAUAAAGUUUAUUUAUGUUGAUGACUUUUA